AUGUUAAAUUAUCAAUCAUUCGCAUUCUUGUUAAUGGAAGUAGAAGCUUUGGCUUUGUCCAUUUUAUCUGAUCAAUCUUUUGCAGUUUGGAAAGGAGUAGGUAGAACUGUUUCUAUAGUGUUUGAAGUUGAGAAAACAGCAUUAUCUAUUUCCAUGUCAAAUGUUAGUGUGAUACCUUUAUCAGUAAUGUUAGGAAGUGUUUGGUUGUUAUUGUCAGUGGAGUUUCUAAUAAAGUUUGUUCGUUCGUCUCUACAAGAAAGCUUAUAA